UAAUUAGAGCAUUUGUUAUAUGUUUAUAUUCAUCGGGAGGCAAAUUGAGUAACAGACUAGAUUGUUAAUGUUAGUCUUUUAGCUUGUGAUGAUAAUAGCAUUAUUCCUUUUAACAACUCUUUUAUUUUUUUUCUUUCAUUAUCUCUUUAAAUACAUUAGGAAUUCCCCUCAUAAGGAAGGGAUCUCAAAUUAAAGUUUAUCACCUUUUUUCUUUAAUUAUAAUAUAUGAAGUAUUUGGUCAAGUUUAGGUGUUGGUCAACUUUAAAGGAAUUCUGUUCCUAAGUAGAGAGAAUUAUGAUAAUCUAAGGGAAACAAUUCUUCUACUACUUUUGGUUUUUUUUUUUUCUUUUUCUUUUCCGGAGACAAUCUUCUACUUCUACUUAUUUAUUAGUCUCGUUUGGAAAAUUUGCUCAAAAACAUAUGAAUAUAUUAUUUCUAUAUCUUUAUUAUUCAAUUACACUAUGCAAUAGCUAUUGGCUAGCUCGGUUCACGAAACGCUUGUACACAAACAAAGUUCGACUAGUAAAACAGCUAUGGAGUUUUACAUGCAACUAACUACUAAUUGCCGAAUAGGGACAUCAUCAUAAAACCCCAAUUUAAUAUGAAGUAUUAGUUUGAAAAAUUCAUUAAAUGUCAUUAGUGUAAAAUAUGGUUAAAGUUCAAUUAAAUCCAUAGAUCACAUUAAUAUCGAAAAGUUUUCCCAACACAUAUCCAAUGAAUAACAAAACCAAUUACCAUGAAGCAUGAAUAUUUCCUAUCAAAAAAGCAUACAAAAACAAAAAUUCAAUCAUCAAAUAACUUGAAGAAAUCUAAAAAUUCUUAAUCAUCCAACUGUAAAGCAUACCCAAAAUUUCCUUGGAUACAGAGUUCAAUGAGUAUUCACAGGAAUUACCGAAACUUUAUCUUAUGUUUUUCCCCCUUUAUUAUUCAAAUAUCUUUUACUUUUUUUAAGGAAUGUGAAUAUCCCACCCCCUUUAAAGGAGAGUUUAUUAAAAAGCAAUUUCACAAUCUAGACAAAAUUAUCACUUUCUUGGACCCCCACCACCCAAAAAAAUGAACUCUUAUUUUACUCUUUUUCAACAUGAAAUCUGCAAAAUACCCAGCAAUCCAAACACAAAUAUAGAAAAAGUUUGUAACUUUGAUUUUUGUAUCAUCCUAAAAUCAAUAUAACUAGCUAUUGCAUGCUUCAAUUGGGUCAUUUUCAUCAUUCAACACUAUUUGCACACCAAGUGUUUGUUGAAAUGUCAAUGAGAGAUUGAUCAUAUUUUUUAUAGGCAAGUAAUAUUUGCCAGCUUUUAGCUUAUUUAAAACUUUCCCACCUCCAUUAAUGCUGUUGUAUAGCCAUUGUUUGAGUUUAUAUCUUGUAUAUUCUUGUUAAUUUAAGCUCCAUUGAUGCAUAAUUACCUUUUGGGUCAAAGCUUUGCUACUCAAAAAAUUCUUUAUUUUUCCUGACCAAAUCAAAAUUAGCGUUUCCCCCUCUUUUUACAAUCACAUAUUGAGUGAUCUUUGUGGACGACCACGGGAGAUAAAUUCUUGGUUCAUGCAGCCGACCCCUUCUUUCCGGGAUUAAUAAUCCUUUUGGCAUUGCAUUGUUGUUGUUGUGUGUAUUGGACUCAAUUUUUUUAGCUUGACAUAGCUAAGCAAAUAAUGCCUUCAAGACCCAUUUCACCAGAUCAAAAACCCACUGCAAAUACAAGAUCUAAAGUUGUUCUUCUUGCAAUAACAAUCUCAGCAGCAGCAAUUUUCUUGAUGACUGUAAUAUACAUCCUAUACCAUUUAUGGGAUACCUUUUUUCGUCGUUCAAGAACCAACCCAUUUGACUCAGCUCCUACUUUGAAGCUCCAAAAAUUUAGUUACAAAGAGCUGAAAUCAGCUACAAAUAAGUUCAACCCAGAUAACUCCAUUGGCAAGGGAGGUUUCGGUACGGUUUUUCGAGGGAUUUUAAAGGAUGGGAAGUCUGUGGCAAUCAAGAAACUUGAUGCUGCAUCUUCUUUACAAGCUGAGAGAGAGUUUCAAAGUGAGCUUACUAUACUUGGUUCCAUUAGAUCACCUCAUAUUGUAUCAUUGUUGGGGUAUUGUAUUGAGAAUAAUAAGAGGGUUUUGGUGUAUGAGUAUAUGCCUAAUCGUAGUGUUCAAGACUUGUUAUUUAGUGAUGUGAAUGUGAGUUUAGGGUGCAUGAAUUGGGAGAGGAGGUUUCAGAUUAUUCAGGAUGUGGUUAGAGCACUCGAGUUUUUGCAUAAUGAGUGUGACCCUCCUGUGAUUCAUGGUGAUAUUAAGCCUAGUAAUGUGUUGCUUGAUUGGGAUUUUAAGGCAAAGAUAUCGGAUUUUGGGUUGUCGAGGGUGAAGGUGGAGGAUGAAGUUGGGAUUGACUUGUUUAGUCAGGAGUUGGGUAAGAGUCAAGAAUUGUGGAAGAGCCAAGAUCUUUCGGGGAAUUUGAAUGGAGAAACCACCCCAACAAUUGGAACUCCUCCUAUUGAAGGUCAUUGUAGUAGAGGUGAGGUUGAUUUUGCUUUGGCUCUGCAAGCAUCUAGCUCAUCUAAGCAUGUCAAGGGAUCCCAUAACACGAACGGCUUGAAUAGUGCUAAUUCAUUGAGCUAUAACUGUAGUAGCAAAGCCAAUCCGAAAGGGAAAGAAGUUUUGGUGGAAGAUAUUGUUGGUUCAUAUGAUCCAGAGUUUUCUAGUGUCGAGCAUAGUAAAGAGCUUGGUGUGGAUGAUGCCGGAGAGGGAAAACAAUGGGGGAAAGAUUGGUGGUGGAAACAGGAUGAUAGUAGUGAAGUGUGCAGCAAAGAUUACGUUAAUGAAUGGAUUGGCACCCAAAUUUGUGGUUCAACGAAUCGGGAUUGGGAGAGUAUGAGCUCGCCAAUGGAAUUCAACUUAGGCUAUUCACCUCAGCUGGAUAAAUUAGAAGAAGAGAAGGAAGAGCUUGGAUGCCCUGAUGUGAAGGGGUUUGAGCCAAAGGACAAAAGCAUUCAGAAGAACAAACCUAGAAAAAUGCAAGAUUGGUGGAAACAAGAGAAACUUGAUGAAUUGAGCAAAAAAGGAAGUAAGCGAAAGAGCCUUGAAAGUAAGAUGAGGAAAAGAAUCAGAGUGCCACAUUUUGGCUUAGGUCGACAAUUUUGCAUCUUCAACAGAAGAAGUUCAAAGGAGCAUAACCAGGAAAAUAACAGCCUAAAACACGAGUUUAGUUUCAAGAAGGUAUGGAAGAAAAAACAUUCACGUUCGAUGGGAAGUGAGUUGAGUGGAGAAUUAUUCAGCAGGGAGUUGAGCAGUACAACUAGUAUGAGAGGCACUUUAUGCUAUAUAGCCCCUGAAUAUGGAGGAUGUGGUUACUUGAUGGAGAAGGGUGAUAUAUACAGCUUAGGUGUUCUUGUGCUAGUGAUAAUUUCUGGUAGAAGGCCAUUGCAUGUUUUGAAUUCACCUAUGGAGUUUGAGAAAGCAAACUUGAUAAGUUGGUGUAGGCAUUUAGCUCAAGUUGGAAAUGUUUUAGAGCUUGUAGACGAGAGACUGAAAGAUGCAUACAAUAAGGAGCAAGUGACAUUGUGUAUUAAUUUGGCCUUGGCUUGUUUGCAAAGAUUGCCAGAAUUGCGUCCAGAAAUUGGAGAUAUUGUUAAGAUUUUGGGAGGGGAAAUGGAUCUCCCGCCAUUACCAUUUGAGUUUUCUCCCUCCCCACCUUCUAAAUUUUACAGCAGGUCGAGGAGAAGACAAUCAGAGUAACCUCUUUAUCUUAAUUCAUCAUGUAUCUAUGGUGCAUGUAAAAUAGAAAGGUGUAAGAAUCAUCAGUAGGAGGAAAUGGCUUGCUGUUGGAAAUAAUUCCUUUUUAUUGAAUACUAAAUAUUCUAAGUUUGAUUA